AUGUCCCACACCUUGAAGCUGCUAGAGAGGAUCCUAGAUAGCAGACUAAGACAGGUAGUCCACAUCGGAAGGCAACAACUUGGAUUUAUGAAGGGAGUUGGAACGGUUGAUGGCAUCUUCUCGCUCAGGCCAACUAUGGAGAAACAUCAUGAAAAGCAAAAGGUGCUGCAUAUGGCUUUCAUUGACUUAGAGAAAGCAUAUGACAGGGUACCACGCCAAGAAGUAUGGAGAGGAUUGAGGGAAGGAGGAGUGCAAGAUAAGUAUGUAAGAAUAGUACAAGAAUGCUACAAGGAUGUAACAACUAAAGUCCGGAGUACAGUUGGUACAACAGGCAGUUUCCAUGUGCAGGUCGGCUUACAUUAG